AUGGACUCCGAGGCGCUGGGCUGGCGCAGGCCCUGGGAGGAGUACCGCGGCGGCGGCGGCGGCGGCGGGCGCUCGGUCCGGGUGAGCUUCUUCUCCGCCUCGUCGUCGUCUUCGGCGGGGCACCGGCGCUCGGCUCGCUUCUCGGCCCCCUCCGGCCCCCUCGUGGCCGACCCCUUGGAGCGCCUCGACCUGGCGCAGGUGAGCAGCCUGAACGCCGAGCUGCUGGGGCUGCGCGCGCAGGAGAAGGAGCAGCUGGUGGGCCUCAACGACCGCUUCGCCACCUACGUGGAGCGCGUGCGGGACCUCGAGCAGCGGAACCGGGCGCUGCGGCUGGAGCUGGAGGCGCUGCGGCGGCACCAGCGCGCCCCCGCCCGCCUGCCGCAGCUCUACCAGCAGGAGGUGCGCGGCCUGCGGGCCCUGCUGGACGCCGAGGCGGGCGACAAGGCGCGCCUGGAGGCCGAGCACGACCGCCUGCGCCAGGCCUGCGGGCAGCUGCGCGAGCGCUACGCGCAGGAGGCGCGCCGGCGCCUGGACGCCGAGGAGACGCUGCGCCGCGUCCGGCAAGAGGCCGCCCAGGCCGCGCUGGCCACCUCCGACGCCGACGGGGCGGCCGGCGCCCUGCGCGCCGAGCUCGCCUUCCUGCAGAAGCUGCUGGGCGAGGAGCGGGCCGAGCUGGCGGCGCAAAGCGAGCUGGCCGCGGCCACGCGAGUGGCGGCGCUGGAGGGCGGCCCGGCCGCCGGCGCCGCCAAGCCCGACCUGUCGGCCGCGCUGCGGGACAUCCGCGCCCAGUACGAGAGCCUGGCGGCCAAGAACAUGCAGGCGGCGGAGGAGUGGUACCGCUCCAAGUUCGCCUCGGUGGCGGAGCUGGCCAGCCGCAACCAGGACGCCGUGCGCACCAUCCGCCAGGAGACCGUGGAGUACCGGCGGCUGCUGCAGUCCCGCUCGGCGGAGAUGGAGACCCUCCGCGGGGCCAUCGACGCCCUCCACAAGCAGCUGGAGAGCCUCGAGGGACAGCAGAGCGCCGAGGUGGCCCGCUGCCAGGAGAGAGUGGCAGAACUGGAGCAAGAGAUCUCAGAGGCCAAGGAGGAGAUGGCCCGAUACCUGCGUGAGUACCAGGAGCUUCUGAACAUCAAGAUGGCCUUGGACAUAGAGAUAGCUGCAUACAGGAAACUGCUGGAGGGGGAGGAGAUGUGGUGGAGCUCUUCUUGGCAAGCCAUGGCGAAGUGAUUUGGCUGGGAGCCACGGAGCCUUGGACCCAUCACCACUGGCGCACU